AUGUCUUUCCGGAAGUUCAGCCAAGGUUGCGGUGAAUGCCGAACAAGGAAAAUCAAAUGUGACCUUCAGCAACCCCAGUGUGCUCGUUGUAUUAAAUCAGCCCGAAGUUGCCCAGGAUACCGAGACCUGAAUGAGCUUCAGUUCCGCAAUGAAACCAAAUCAGUAGCCCAACAUGCAAAAGCCGGUGCUCACGGGGCCCCGUCUACAUCUCGAAGAACCCAAAAGUCACUCAUCGACGAGUCAUUAAAAACCCAUAUCACUAGACAAUCGAGUGAGAGAUGGAGGAAUUUUUUCUUAUUGCCAAUUGAUUCUCUUGUCAUCGAUGCCGAACAUCAAGCCUCAUGCUAUUUUUUCAAAACUUACACUUGGAUUGGCACUCUAGCCUUAAUCCGUGGUUCAUUUGAUUACCGUGUCGACAGUGUGAAAGCCCCCUUAGGCGAAAGAGCGUUGUUAGCAGGUGUGACCGCUGUUGGAAAGGCCACUGUUGGAAAUAUCGACAAUAUGGGCUCCUUGAUACAAUCGGCCAGAUCUGACUAUUCUGAGUCGCUUCGGUUAACAAAUGCCGCCAUUUCCGAUGUUCAUCAGUGGAAAGAAGAUUCCACGCUUGUUGCUAUUUUUUUGCUGUCCAUAUUUGAGGUCGUCACUGGCCACGGACAGAAGUCAAUUGAAAAUUGGUUACAGCACAUCAAUGGCUGUGUCAGGCUAUUGGAAAUGCGCGGUAUAGAUGGUUUGAUCAAUACUCCGUGUCUGACGACUUUUAGAGCCUGGAGAGAUCAAAUUACCCUUGGCUGUAUAUACCGCCAAGUUCCCGUUCCUCCGACCAUUGUCGGCUUAUCAGGACGACUGGCAGCAACCUUGUGCACCCCGGUUGAGACCUCUUCAAACCAGCUCACUAUACUCAUGGCCAGGUUAGCUGAACUCCGCUAUCAAAUAGCAAGUGGGUUGGUUGGUAACGACAAAUCGAUUCUGAUGGAGCUCUCAUUUAUUCAAACGGAGCUCUUAAGCUGGCUCAAAUACGUCUCGCCGAGCUGCGCUUAUGAAUCUUUUGUCAGAUCUGACGCAUUCGACAUGGGACCGGACUCCAAGCUCCGCCCACAUCGUGGUGUUUGUCACAAAUAUCCGGAUCUGCCCUCGGCUUUGAUGUGGAACAAUUACCGUGUCACUCAGAUUUUGGUGUAUGACAUGAUUAUAUCUCAAUUGCGCCCACUGGCAACGAUGGAGGGGAAUUCAAGCCCCAUCAAAGAGGCACAGAUGAAAUGUUCCGGAACGCGUAAGCAAAUGCGCCAACUUGCGGAUGAAAUCUGUUAUAGUGCUCCUCAUAUUCUCGGCGUGCUGGACCAGUGUGUGUCCAAGCCAGAGUCUUCAACUGUAAAAAGUUCAGCUGGAGGCUUUGUACUUCUGUUUCCGCUUUCCUUUGCCGUGGUCGUUGAGGAUCACCCUUCUUCGCUUUCGGAGUGGGUUUUUGAAUGCUUUCAUAUAAUUGCACGUGUUAUGGGAAUACACCAAGCUCUUGUCCUUCAGCGAUUCUUACCCGUUUUAUGUGGACAGUAUAGCUGGGCAGAUAGAUUCGAUCCUUUUCAAGCAUGA